GUGUGUGUGCAACAUUGACUGUUCUCAAACCAACUUCAAUCCUCUCUGUGCUUCCGACGGAAAAUCUUAUGAUAAUGCAUGUCAGAUCAAAGAAGCAUCAUGCCAGAAACAGGAGAAAAUUGAAGUCAUGUCUUUGGGCCGAUGUCAAGAUAACACAACUGCCACUACAAAGUCAGAAGAUGGGCAUUAUGCAAGAACAGAUUAUGCGGAGAAUGCAAACAAACUGGAAGAAAGUGCCAGGGGGAUCUACAUUCCAUGUCCAGAACAUUAUAAUGGUUUCUGCAUGCAUGGAAAAUGUGAGCAUUCUGCUAAUAUGCUGGAGCCAUCUUGCAGGUGUGAUGCAGGCUACACUGGACAACACUGUGAAAAGAAGGACUACAGCGUUUUAUAUGUAGUUCCAGGCCCUGUUCGAUUUCAGUAUGUCUUAAUAGCAGCAGUGAUUGGAACAAUCCAGAUUGCAAUCAUCUGUGUUGUCGUUCUCUGCAUUACAAGGAAAUGUCCCAGGAGCAACAGAAUUCACAGGCAAAAGCAAAACACAGGGCACUACAGUUCAGACAACACAACAAGAGCAUCGACCAGGUUAAUUUAAAAAAGAGCGCAUGUUUCCACAAUGGCAAAAGUAAACUGCAGAGAGCUUGGACUGACAAAAUACAGUAUUAUAGACAAAAGUUCUACACAUGUUGCCUUGCAUUUGUGGUAAUCGACACCAAUGAAAACAGAACAAAACGAAACAUGUACUACAGCUAUAUUUGAUUAUGUAUGGAUAUAUUUGAAAUAGUAUACAUUGUCUUGAUGUUUUUUCUGUAAUGUAAAUAAA